AUGGUUACCCCCAGUGUCCUUACCUUUGAUGCUGAGGGUCGUGCUGUUGACUUUGAGGUCUGGGUCGAUGACCUCGAGCUGUUCGUACAGCGCGAUAGAGCAGACGGACUCUCCCUGUUCGAUCUCACCUCUGGUGCCUCUCCUGCCCCGCCUGCUACUGCUGACAGCACUGUUCGCUCACAGUGGGCCACACGCGAUGCUGCUGCCCGUCUUGCUGUGCGUCGCCACUUACCGACCACUGAGCGUGCGCACUUUAGCCAUCGGUCGGCGCUGCGUCUACCCCUAGCGGGAGACGCCGCACCGGCAAGGGCAAGGGGGGCAAGGGCGCUAGAGGGGCUGGCGGGGGCGGUGGAGGUGGUGGUGGAGGCAGUGGAGGGGGUGGGGGUGGUGGUGGGAGUGGUGGCGGGGGUGGAGGUGUCGGUGGCAGCAGUGGAGGCGGAGGAGGCGGCGGCGGUGGCGGAGGGAGCGGAGGCGGCGGAGGUGGCGGAGGCGGCGGAGGUGGCGGAGGCGGCGAAGGUGGCGGAGGCGGCGGUGGCAACGGUGGAGCUGGCCGCAGCUCUGUGUAGAGGAGUGGCUCCAGUGGUGGUCCGCGCCAGCAGCAGCAGCGCAGUCGUGAGACCCUGUCCCCUCAGCAGCAUCGUCAGUGGUACGCUGGGCGUCAGCGCGUGCGGGGGCCCGCACUCCACCCAACGCUGCUUCGGCCGCCUGACGGACGCGUGGCGUCACCAGUUCCCUGACGCCACUGAGAUCCCUCGCUUGGGAGAGCUGUCUAGGGCGGGGGUCACUAUCUUUGAUCUUGAUAAUGCUGCUAUUCUUGUUGCCAUGUAUGCUGUGUCUGAUAGUGUUGAGGGUGACUGUUACCUGUGUGUUCCGCCUGACCCAGGCAUUGAGGCUGCUGCUCUAGGUGCUGGUGAGGCUGCUGCUCUAGGUGUUAGUGCGUCUGCUGCCCCAGGUGCUGGUGAGUCUGCUCUCUCAGGUACUACGUUAGCUCAGGCCAUACACACCUUCACCCUUGACUCGAAUGCUUCCCGCUCCUUCUUUCGAGACUGCACCACACUUACGCCGCUUAGUCGGCCGGUUGCGGUCUCCGUGGCGGACCCCUCUGGGGGUCAUGUCCUUGCUAGCUUCUCCACUGUCUUUCCGUGUCCAGCAGCCCCCUCUGGCACCCUGUCAGGUCUCUACCUCCCCUCGUUCUCUACGAACUUGUUGAGUGGUGCUGAUCUAUAG